AUGAAGGUGCCAAAAGCACUCAAACCGACGCUCGACUUUCGUCGUUCCGUCAUGAAAGACAAAAUAUCCACCCCCAUUGCUAUCCCCACCAAAGCCCCGCGUUCGAUUCAACCACCAAAAAAAGUCAUUAAAGCAUUAUACGACUACAAAGCAAAAUCACCAGGCGAAUUGUCCUUUUCAAAGGGCGACUUUUUCCAUGUAGUCGGUGAAGACAUCGUUCCCGACUGGUACGAGGCCUGUAAUCCCGCCACCAACGUCCGUGGUCUAGUCCCUGUAUCAUAUUUCCAAGUCCUGGAGAAAAGCAGCAGACUCAGUCUAAGCGAAAAAUCCGAUUCCGGCACAUUCGUAUCUACCAGCACUACUGUGCAAAAACAGCAACCGCUCUAUGGAGUGGUUCUGUACGAUUUUGUUGCCGAACGUCAAGACGAAUUGGAUGCUAAAGCCGGCGAAGCGAUUAUUAUAAUCGCUCAGUCAAAUCGAGAAUGGUUCGUCGCCAAACCUAUUGGUCGACUAGGCGGACCAGGACUAAUCCCUGUCACAUUUAUCGAGAUUAAGGAUCUCUCGACGGGCCAGACAAUUGAAGAUGUAAACGAAUUGUUGGACAGAUCGGUCGUGCCCAAAGUCGAAGACUGGAAGAAAAUGACUCAAGAUUACCAAGACAAUAGCAUUACGUUGGGUCGCUUAGAUUUUCCCUCGGAAAACCCGACUGUUGAUCCCAAGCUUGCACCAAUCGGUAUGGAGCGGAGAGCAAUGUCGACGAAUGACGAGUACGAGCAAAUGCAACCGUCUGUCGCUAUAGACUUUGACCCUAAACUCAGUCCCAUAACGUUCGAGUUUGAUAAUAGGUUACCACAGACCGGCAUGCGCGGUUCACAGUCGUUUGGUAGGUAUGCGUCGUCAGAAAGUUACCAGCGUAACUCUGAGGCUUUCAAUACUUCACCAACGAGUCCUCAACUCCAACAAGAUGACAGUGUUAAUGGCGAAGAUCAAAUAAUGAAUGCAUGGGUAGACAAAUAUCAUUACGAGGACAAUCACUAUUGGUUUGUGGUGAGGGUUCAAAUGGCAUCUGGUCGGUUCCGCGUACUGUAUAGAUUGUACGAAGACUUUUACGAGUUUCAAAUUGCGCUUCUUGGCGAAUUCCCCGUUGAAGCUGGACGUACCGGGAAAAAACGUAUUUUACCUUUUAUGCCGGGGCCUCUUUCUUAUGUUAAUGAUGUUAUCACGGCUCAAAGAAGGGCCGACCUUGAUGUAUAUGUGAAAGAAUUACUCAAUCUUCCCGCAUACAUAUUGCGGAAUCCGUUACUGAAUCAGUUGUUUGGAAUGAGAGAAGGUGAUAUGCAGACAGAUAGUGAUUCGGUUCUGGACAAUGCAAACAUAAAUAAUUACGAGACAUCAUCUAUCGAUCCUUCAUUGCAAUUCAAUGACGGGUACAACCAGUCGCAAUCUGCAUACGGAAACGUUCCCGAUGAGUAUGCAACGUACGGGCAGUCAGUGCAGGCACCAAUGGAACCACCGCCCACUAUCAAAAUUAAGAUUUUUUAUAAGGAAGAUGUCAUGGCUAUUAAAAUACCAUCAGAUAUCACUUAUGCGGCAUUACGAAAGAGGUUGGAGGAACGUCUAGAUGGACCUUUGGCAUCUUUGCAGUAUAAAGACGAGACAUCCGGACAGGUUCUGAGGCUUGGCAAUGAUUCCGAUCUUUACCGUGCAAUUAGGACUUGCCCGAAACUUCUCAUUUAUGCAGACGAUGAGAAUGACUAUUGA